CUGUAUCCGAUUAUUUCCUUAUUCUUUCUUUAUUAUUGUUGCUGUUCCUUUCAGCUCGUGCUUGAAUCUGCUAAAAAAGGAGAAGAUGCAACACUUUGCGAAACUCUUCAGCAAGACUUAAUACAGCUCAAAGAGUACAACGCUCAUCUCGAGCGUCAGUUCCAAACUCAGACUGAUAUCAUUGAAGCGCUAAAGCGCAAACUUAUCGAGCAAAAAUCCUUCGCUGAUCUCAUCCACAAACUUUCUGCUCAGGACGAUGUUGAGUUAAUUGAAGAUGGACUGAACAACUACAUCAAAUCGGUCGAUCGUGAAACAGGAAGACUUGCGGAGAGUAUCGCUUAUAUUGUCAAGAUUUGUCCAUAUAAUUCCGUGGAUUCAUCCGGAAAGUGGCUUUCCAACAGCAGUGAGGACAUCUCACCAGAUAGUGAAGGUACCGAUUGGGGUACAAAGAGGAAGACAUUAAAAGCAGUUGAUUCCUGGCUUAUCAAAAUCAGUUUGGCUACAUCGUAUAUUGCAGGAUUUCGAUACCAUAAAUUAGUUUCAGAAGUCCAGUGUGGUGCUGAUGGUUUGGAACAACGAAGCGCUUCGACCAAAAAUGCCUGA